AUGCCUGAUACGCCCACGUCAGAAAGGACUCCCCUUAUGGAUCACGAUGAGUGCGAUUCGGCGGCGAACCAUGGAGAUUCAACACGUUUCCUAAAAGAGACGCCACUACCCAAAGUCCAGCUGGGCAUAUUAUGCCUCUUGCGCAUUUUGGAUCCCAUGUGCUUUACGCAGAUCUUCCCUUAUAUCAACGAGCUCGUAAGCGAUCUUCACGUCGCGAAAGAUCCUUCCCAGAUAGGAUUUUAUAGUGGUUUAGUGGAGAGUUCUUUCGCUCUGUCGCAAUUAAUAACGAUCUAUCCCUGGGGUUAUCUCUCUGAUCGUUUUGGCCGUCGACCAAUGGUCUUGGUCGGCGUUGCGGGUCUGACUCUCACCACUAUACUGUUUGGACUAUCGACCGACUUCACCACUGUCAUGAUAACGCGUGCACUUGCUGGAUUAUUCUCGGGCAACGUUGCAGUCAUCCCGUCAAUGUUAAUCGAAAUCACAGACAAGACUAAUCAAGCACUCGCUUUUCCAUUUUUUGGGUUUUGGUGGCCUGUCGGUGCGAUUGUUGGACCUCUUCUUGGGGGAUUGUUCUCUAAACCUGCGACGCGGUAUCCCCGAUAUUUCGACUACCCAUUUCUCAGAGAAUAUCCGUAUUUUUUGCCUUGUCUCCUGGUCGCAGGCUUCUCAGCUCUCUCAUUUUUCGUUGCCUGGUUUUGGCUAAAUGAAACACGCCAAGUUGACAAACGCGAUCCCCAGAAGGCUUCGCCUCCUUCCUACGGAUCCACAGACCCAAAUUCAUGGGAUUCCGCACCACAGGACGAGAAUUUUAGCGUCAGGGAGCUAUUAAAUAUCCCGAUAAUCCGCGCGCUCUGUGCAUCUGGUUGUGCGUUGAGCUUCCUCUCUUCUGCCUUUGAUGUUCUGUUCGUCCUUUUCUGCUACUCGCCCAUACGCUCAGGAGGCUUGGCGUUCGACACUUCUGAAAUCGGAUUCGCGCUCUCAGCAUCGGGAUUUUUGGCAGCCUUGCUCCAAGCUUUCAUCAUGCCAACCAUUCUUCGUCGCGUGAACCAUGCAGUGAUGUACCACUUCUCGAUGAAGAUCUGGCCCUACCUCUUCGUGGCCUUACCUUUCCUGAACAUCAUCGCCCGUCAUGGUGUGGACGCAGGGAAUGGACAACUAUUAACAUCUACUAUCGCACUUUUAUGGACGGGAAUUGUGCUCAUCUUGGCGUUUGCAAGGGUGGCUUUUUUGUCUUAUUCAGUCAACAUGCUUCUCAUCAAGCAAUAUGCGCCGAAUUCUGCCUCACUUGGUUCAACAGCUGGUCUGGUCCAGUUCUGCAUCUGUCUUUCUCGUGCAAUCGGCCCAGCAUUUGCGAGCUCCAUGUUUGCACUUUCGGCUGAGAAAAACUUGCUUUGGGGAUACCUUUGGGUUUUGGUCAUGGCAUCCAUAGGUUUGGCGGGGUGCUUGGUUUCCAGAAAUAUUGUGAAGGAAAGCUCCAGAUUGCAGUAA